AUGGCGAAUAAACAGUCUGAAGCGUGGACCAAGGUCCACCGUAAAGAUCUAGAUCUAGAAACCUUGAAAACCUUCAACAUACCAUGGGAGUGGGACCAGACCGAUCCAGGCUAUAUUAUUAUCAAACAAUUCAUCCCGGAAGAUUCUAUGCGACCACUGUUCGAACAUACUAGACUGCUACGACAAGCGAGAACAGCACCACCGGCAAUUCAACGCCAGCCUGCUAUGUACAUUGACCUAAAGGAUCAAUUUUUUGAAGGACCACAGGACUAUUCUGGCCGAAACCGAUUGUAUGCAUCAUUCGGGGUCGUCGAACCAAUAAUCACUGUUGAGAAACAUGCUGGCAAAUUACACAUUUCAGCGAGAUUCAAUUUAGAGACCACCAUUUUGAAUUACAGUUCCCACAAAAGCGAUGGACAUGAGCUUUUCUUUCAUGACGUCUGUCUUCAAUAUCUCCAUGAUUCAGCCGACGAGACUCUCGUCAUGACGCCGCAGUCCGACGCAUCGGUUGCUUUCAAGGUCACCAGAAGCUCGGAAACGGCAGUCAAUCCGCAGGUUGGACUCAACUUGUCCGCAGCGCCAAGUGGGAAUGUUUCGCUGGGUUUGACGCGAUCGACUGGUUUAACGGUAGAGUAUGCGGUAGGCUCGUGGAGUUUGAGUGCCCACCAUAUCAGCAACAAGUCGACCGGUCAAAAGCUGCCGCGCUAUCAGUGGUUCUGGGCUGGUACUCACGACGAUACCAAGCGACUGACACCUGAUCUGAGACACACUGUGACACGACAUGUUGUUGUAAAGCGGAUCAUCCCUGCCAGUGGAUUCCCACUUGGCAUUGAAGGCUACAAACAAAAGGAAGGAAAGAGACAAAGCGGGGUGUCGAAGAUACACUCGGAAAUGAGUGAAGGUGACACUGAAUCGGGAGGGGGCAAACGAGAUCUCGACGAAUCCGAGACUACUCGGCGUCUUUUAAGAGCUCUAAAGCGGUAUUUUACUUUUAGUUUCUACGUACAGAUUAGAGUGAAGAAGAGAUAUGGUCGAUUCCAUCGACUCUUAAUACUAAGUUUCAACGAGGUAAAAGCAGGUUUUUUGAAACCAAAUUUUGCCCGCCGCUUCGAUAUUCGAGCUCAAUCAGACUGGUUGAAGGGUCUAAUAUAUGAAGGAAUGAAUCCGAGCACCGGCCCUCGCGAAAGGUCGCAGAAUGAAGCAUCGGGUAUAAACAACGCAAAUGAGCCCGAGUCCGACCCAUUGGAGAAAAAAGAACCUGAUAAAACGUCUGAGAAGGAUGGGGACUCUGACUCGAAUAAAGGGGGGCAAUCAGAUUCUGAGGGCGGGCAUGAUUCUAGUAAUACAAACGGAAACCCCGAGCCAGCGCCGUUCGAAUUCCCGUUGGGCGAGACUGUUGAUAUUGCAGUCAUGCUUCAUGAGCUAAGAGAACGAAACAAGGGAAACUGGGACGCUCUUCAAGGCAGAAACUUGGUGGAUGUCAUGGGUCGUCAACACUUUCGACCACUCAAAACAGUAGAGUCGGUGCGCCUCGUGGAAAUCGAGAGACGGAUGGAAAUGGAGCGGCUUAUGGUUGCUCAAAAGCGCAAGGAGAUGGAGAAAAAUGAAAUGCGCAUGCGCGAAAAUAUAGGGAAAAACACUGCUCAGAGAGAAUUUCAUGUUGAACGGCGGGAGAGGCCGUACAAGCAGGACAUGGAGAUAGUUAUUGAUAGAGGAAGGGAGAUGGCGAUGGAAAGAGAAAUGACGAAGAGAAUGGGCAGAACGAGAGAAAUACAGAUUGGAAGAGGCCCUUGA